AUGUUGCAAUUUAAAUUAGUUUUAUUAGGUGACUCAUCUGUAGGCAAAUCUUCCAUUGUCCACCGUUUUGUUAAGGAUACAUUCGAUGAACUACGCGAAAGUACAAUUGGUGCUGCCUUUUUAUCCCAGUCAAUCACGAUUCAUCCAAAUGAUGGUAAUGGAGCAAAGGAUGUCGUUAUAAAAUUUGAAAUUUGGGAUACCGCUGGUCAAGAAAGAUACAAGUCAUUAGCACCAAUGUAUUAUAGAAAUGCUAAUGCAGCUCUGGUGGUUUAUGACAUUACUCAAGAAGACUCAUUACAAAAGGCAAGGAAUUGGGUUGAUGAAUUGAAAAAUAAAGUCGGCGACGAUGACUUGGUUAUUUAUUUAUUAGGGAACAAAGUGGAUUUAUGUCAAGAUAUGCCUGGUUCAGAAACGAUUCCAGAAUUAAACGAGGGUGAAGAUGAUGAACAAAAGGUAAGAGCGAUCAGCACAGAAGAGGCGAAACAAUAUGCACAAGAACAAGGGCUACUGUUCCGAGAAGUGAGUGCCAAAACAGGUGAUGGUAUUAAAGAGAUUUUUCAGGAGAUUGGUGAGAAAUUAUAUGACUCAAAGAAGGACGAAAUCCUGUCUAAGCAAAAUAGACAGAUCAACGGGGGCAAUAACGGUCAAGUAGAUAUUCAUUUGCAAAGACCCUCCACUAAUGACCCAACCUCCUGUUGCAGUUGA